CCCUUUCCCCAAACGGGAAAAAAAGCCGAAACCCUCAGAUUGCCAACUCACUGAGUUCGCAACCCGUUUUCUCCGUUCAAAAUCAACCCAGAAAAAAAAAUGUCGAAGAGGUGGCGCGCGGCGGCGGCCCUCAUCAGAACUGCGGCGGAGACGCCGUUCCGGCGCUCCUACCACACGAUCCAAGCCGUUCCGAGAGAAAUUUCCGGCCAUCGGAUCUCCGUCCGCGACCGAGCACAGGGUCGGAUCCCCACCGUUGUUUUCUCCCAGAGCUACGUCCAAUCGGAUUCCAAGGAUCCGAAUUCCGUCGCCGCGUCCGCAUUGGUUUCUAGAAAAGUGCUGCUCACCACCGAGCGGAAGCAGAUUAAGGCGAUUCUGAAGCACAUUGAGCUCCCGUUUUUCUGCUCCACCACUUUCCCGCUCCAGAUCCGCGCCGGGUCGGGUUCCUCCACUAUACUUGAAAAUGGCAAGGUUCUUCCAAUUAAAAUACAUAGGGAUGAAGAUGGUAAAGUAUUGAAUUUGGUGCUUGUAUGGGCGGAGGAUGGAACACAGAUUAAGGUGGAUGUGCCGAUUGUUUAUAAAGGGGAAGAUGUUUGCCCCGGCCUCAAGAAAGGAGGUACACUAAGUAAGAUAAGAGCUAGCUUGAAGUACUUGUGCCCAGCAGAGCACAUUCCUCCGAAAAUCGAAGUGGAUGUGAGUAAUCUUGAUAUCGGUGACAAGGUGUCUAUGGAUGACGUGGCGGUUCAUCCGAGCUUGAAGCUUCUCAGUAAGAACGAAACGAUGCCUGUUUGCAAGAUUAUGUCAAACAUAGAUUACUCGGAGAAAUACACAAGUAGAGAAACUGAAUAGAACUGUUUUCGGAAUUUGUACGUACAAUAAUUUAGGCCUAGACCACUGUGAUGAUGUUCAUUCUCUCACUAGUCUUUCCAGUGUUUAUUUUUCGUUGAGAUGGUUUAGAGAGAGAGAGAGAGAGAGAGAGAGGCGGAGGUGUAAACAGAUCCUAAUUGACAUCGAUUUUUCAUAAAUUAUGCUUGAAUGGAUUUCGGAACUGAGUUUUUUAUUUUUCA